CCUUCUCCUCCAUCUCACAUGCCAAGGCUCCACACUUGCAGAGAUUGAGAGCAAUCCAAGGCCAAAAAAAUGCUUCUUAGAAGCUCAUCAACGCCAAUUCUGGAUUCAUGGAUCCCUCCACACUUGAAAGAACCAUCUCCAGAACCCGAAUCUGUGCACCAAUUUCAAAAAACCCGACCCAUUUCGUUGACAGCAUCAUCUUCUAGUCCAUUUUCUUCCAUUUCUUCACAAGAUCAUGAUUCUAUUAAAAGAAUGACAAGAGCCUUUUCCGAGGCAGAUUUAAGGGACCUCUCAGUGCCAAAGAGAAAACCCAGUAACGGAAUCUUGAAUGGAAUCCCUGUUGAUGAAGAGGUGGAGAAAAAGGUGUCAUUUCGGGAGGGAGGGUUGUUUUUUGAAGGGUGUGAGGCUGGAGAGAAGGGGGAGGGUCAUAAUGGGGUGCUGGAGGUUUCGGUGACGGGUGGUGGUAGUGAUGGUGGUGGACGGAAGUUUUGUGGUGGUCGUGGUAGGUCGGAUUUUGGUGAUGAUGGAGGAUCAGGGUCUCGGGAGUCCAAUGAGGGGACUGAAACUACCGAUGUUUAUUAUCAGACGAUGAUUGAAGCCAAUCCUGGGAAUCCUCUUUUUCUCAGAAAUUAUGCCAGGUUCUUGAAAGAGGUUCGUUUGGAUUUUGUAAAAGCUGAAGAGUACUGUGGAAGAGCAAUUCUAGCCAACCCUAAUGAUGCAGAUGUUCUUUCAAUGUAUGCUGAUUUGAUAUGGCAGAGUCAUAAGGAUGCUUCUCGUGCUGAAUCUUAUUUCGAUCGAGCUGUUAAAGCUGCCCCCAAUGAUUGUUAUGUGAUGGCAUCUUAUGCUCGGUUUCUUUGGGAAGCUGAAGAGGAGGAGGGGGAGGGGGAGGGGGAGGACGGGGAGCAGGAACAGAGAGAAAAUAUGAGCAAAUUGUCACCGUCAACUUUUUUCCAUGGAUCCAAGCCUCCUCUCCCUCCUUUAGCCGCCUCAUCUUGAGACCACCACCUCUCACAAAAAUCUUGUAUUAUGGCUUAGACAUAACUUCUGACCUUUGUUUAUACAUCCUUUCUUUUUGCAAUUUUGCUAGUAACCUUUUAAGCUGCUCAGUUGAGUAGUUUAAUUACCAUGCUUUGCUCGUCUGGCAAUUUGAUUUAGAAAGAAAAAUAAAAGAUAAGACGAGUUUUUGUGGCAUUACCUCUCUUACUUUCUGCUUGGCUUGUUAUAUAUUUGUCAAUAAAUUUCUUUUGUUCUGGCAGGUAUUGCUGCCACUGCGUAGUGGAGUUUUGCUGAAACUUUGAA